GCGAGCGUCGCGGACGCGCUCGGCCUGCCCGCGGACGACGUCGGCGUCGUCGGCGUCGCCGCGGCCGCCGCGCGGCGGCGGCGGCGGCGCCGCCUCGACGACGCUUCCGGCGUCGCCGUCGACUUCACCAUCGACACGCGCGCGGGCCUCGACGCCACGGCCGCGGCCCUCGACGCCGCCGUCGACAGCGGCGUUCUCGACGCGUCCCUGCGCGCGGCGUCGCCGGCCUUUGCGGCCGUCGCGGCCCGACCGGCGACGGUCGUCUUCGCGCCGACGGGCGCGCCGUCGGCGGCGGCCUUCGACUGCUCGAGCGACCGGGGCUACGAGUUCUCCCUCGCGCUCGACGGGCGGCUCCGCUUCCACUGGUCCGUCGUCGGCGGCGCGCUCGAGGCCGCGCUCGUCCUCGCCGGGAGCGGCGGCGGCGACUGGGUGUCUUUGGGGUGGGGCGACGGGUCCAUGACGGGCACGGAGUGCGUCAUCGCCGAGGGCCCGGACGGCGGCCCGGCGAAGUACGACAUCACGUCGUACAAAAAGAGCGGCAUCGACGCCAUGGCCGCGCAGACGCUGACCGACGCGGCCACCAUGGUCGAGGCCGACGCGUACGUCGUCGCGUUCACGAAGCUCAUCGACGAGCCCGGCGAGCAGACCGUCGGCGCGGACAGGUUCGUCUGGUCCUACGGCUCCGGGUCCCUGGGCUUCCACGGCGGCGACGUCGGCGCGCUGACGCUGGACCUCGAGACGUGCGCGUUUUCCGUGAAGACGAUCGAGACGGUCUCGUCGCGGAAGAUCAGGGCCCACGGCGGCCUGCUCCUGGCCGCCUUCGCCGCGCUCAUGCCGAGCGCGCUCGUCGCGGCCAAGUCGCGCUUCGUCCUGGCGCCGGGACCGCUCUGGAUCCGGAUCCACAUCGCGUGCAACGUCGCCGCGCUGAUCUUGGCGCUCGCGGGCGUCGCGGUCGCGGCGGCGGCCAUCGACGGCACGGACGGCGCGGACCACCUGCGGGGCCGCCACCCCAAAAUCGGCGUCGGCGUCAUGGUCGUCGUCGGCGCCAUGGUCCUCAUGGGCUUCGCGCGGCCGGGCAAGGACGCGCCGAGGCGCGUCUACUUCAACUACGUCCACACGGGCCUGGGCUACGGCGCCGUCGUCCUCGCGGCCGCGGCGACGCGGAGCGGCAUCUCCAAGGCCGCCGACCUGGAGCACAUCGCCGACAAACGGGCCUGGUACACGGCGCAGACGUCGCUGCUCGUCGCGUGCUUCUGCGCGUGGCUCGCCGUCGCCGUCGCCGGCGCCGCGAAGCGGCACAAAACGCCGUCGAAGCCCCUCGCGCCCCACCGGCCCAGCGACAGCGAGAUCGCGCUGAAGGAGCUCCGUUGUCGGUCCUUCGCCGUGGGCGACGUCAUCAUGCGCAAGGCGGCCGUGCGGAGCGACGACACUUACCUCCGCCUCACGGACGCGACCGGCGCCGUCGUCGCCUGCGGGAGCGCCGUCGACGCCGGCGCGACGCUCACGGCGACCCUCUAUCAGAACGACGCGGCCCUCGAGUUCGAGAGCCACGACGUCGACCACCUCAUCGACGCGCGAUCGGGCGCGGCGUUCGUCGGAGGCGUCUGCGGAGGCUUCGAGAACGUCGCGUCG